AUGGAUAAAAAAUAUUUUUUGAGUGUAAAAGAUGUUAUUCAAUAAGAUCCUGCCGAUGAGAAAUUAAUGAAAUAUUUUAAUUUACACGAGAAUAAUAUAAAAAAAGACUUUAGAAAAAUGAUAAAUACUAUCAAGGAAUAUUUAGAUGAUAUUGGUGAUAUAUGUGAUAUUAAAAGAGGAAAAAAUGACUAUGAGUUUUUAUAGAAUAUAAGGAUUAUAUUCUUCCAAAAGUAAUAUUGGAUCACCUAUAAAAACUGA